AUCCCUCAAUAAAGAAAGAGAUAAAGAACAAUGCACUCCCUAUUUAAUGCUCCUUUCAACACCUGCUUCGACUCUCCCCUCUCUGCAUCUCUCCCUCCCUCUCUCUGCUCAGAUCUUUGUGAGAAGCGAUUCGAUUCCUCUCGCGCGUCAUGGACGACGACGGCGACUGGAUCACGGCGAGGUACCUCCUCGCGUCCAUCCUCGGGCGGGACCCAAUGGUCGUGGACUACGUCGACGAGGAGUCCUUCCCCGUCGACCCUCCUCCCGCCCGCCUUGCGGAGGCGCCGGCGCCGGCGCCGGCGCCGGCCGUUUCAGCGCCGCCGGCGGUGCGGGCGCCCGCGGGCGUGGCCGGCACGGUGUGCGCGGUGUGCACCGAGGAGAUCGCGGCGGCGGACGCCGUGGUGCGGCUGCCGUGCGCGCACUGGUACCACGACCGCUGCAUCGCGCCGUGGCUCGGGAUCCGCGGCACCUGCCCCACGUGCCGCGCCGAGGUCCCGCGCAGGGACGCCGCCGCCGGCGACGAGGAGGAGGAGGCCCGCCGCGCUAAGCCGCCGGCGCGCGCCCGGGCCGGGACCAGCGGCAACGUUGCCGGCGCAAGCGCCCGCGCGCGGCGGGACGCGGCGUACGAGCACCUCGCCGGCGGCGUGCUGUCGGGCUGAUCGAUGUCCCCGUGUGGGGGCGGCGCCGGCGCCGGCGCCGGCCGAGUGGAUCAGCAGGCGCGUGGACCGCGUCGUCGUGCGCUCGGGGUUCAGAAGAAAUGGGUACUACGGGAAAGGGUAAAUAGCUGAGAGAUAAUCUGAGCCGAAUUUCCGGCGCCGCGCCCAACUUCAUCCAGAUCCAGUACUUCACUUGAGAAUUGCAAUAUCGAGCUGUGUUUCCUUUUUCUCUCAUGAAAGAAAUCGAAGUCCUCGUCCGGCUCGGCUGCUAAGCUGGGUAACAAGGCGGCGACCUCUGCUGCCAUGGCGACUCGAGAAGAGGAGGAAGCAGCGGCAGAACUGGAAUCUGUUGAUCUGUUUUACCAGUUUCUUAGUUGUCUGCUCAGAGAUUCAUGUUAGCUGUAGACCCACCAGCAAGGGCCGACACUCUGUCGGUCAAGAUGAUAGGUGUUUGUUGUUGUUUCUGUCGUGAUUGUGGACCGUUUCCGAGAUAGCCUUAUUUUGAGCUUGUUGGUGGUGGUGGUUGGCUCUCUGCCUCUCUCACCUCGGUAUGUUUCAGGGUGGUUUACCUCUUGUUUUCAGUAAUUGAUAAUUGAUUUCUGUA